AUGGAGCGUGGUGCCAUGUCUACACUGGACAGAGGAGAGGAGGGGAGGGAGGGAUGGUGGACAGAGGGAGAUGAUGAGAAGAGAGGAGAGGGGAGGGGAGGGGAGAGACGAGACAAGACGAGAGACUCACUAAGAGAGAGGGAACAAACAAGGUCUCAGAAAGAAGGAGAGAGUAGAGAGGGAACGGACAAGAUCACAGGAGGAGAGGAACGAGGGGAGGAGGAAGGAGAGAAACAAGGAGAGGAACGAGGGGAGAAACGAGGGGAGGAACGAGGGGAGAAAAAAGGGGAGGAACGAGGGAAGAAACAAGGGGAGGAACAAGGGGAGGAAAAAGGGGAGGAAAAAGGGGAGGAACGAGGGGAGGAACGAGGGGAGGAACAGAGGGGAGGAACGAGGGGAGAAACGAGGGGAGGAAAAAGGGGGAGGAACAGGGGGGAAGAGGGGAGGAACGAGGGGAGGAACGAGGGGAGGAAAAAGGGGAGACAGGGGAGGAAAAAGGGGAGAAACAAGGGGAGGAACGAGGGGAUGAACGAGGGGAGAAACGAGGGGAGGAACGAGGGGAGGAACGAGGGGAGAAACGAGGGGAGAAACGAGGGGAGAAACGAGGGGAAGAACGCGGGGAGGAACGAGGGGAGGAACGAGGGGAGGAACGAGGGGAGGAACGAGGGGAGAAACGAGGGGAAGAACGAGGGGAGGAACGAGGGGAGGAACGAGGGGAGAAAAUAA